CAAACUUGUAAAUUUCGAGGUUCGCCAUUUUUCUCUCACCUUUACUUGAACGCAGGAAUUUGCAAAGCUCUUGCAGAGCUACAAGACAAUAUUCGAAGGAAUCAGUAUGUCGGAAACUCUAACGUUUGGACCGGAGUGGUUGCGUGCACUGUCCAGUGGUAACAGUGUUACCUCUCCCCCACCUUCCCCUGGGCCAAAGUACAAACUUGCUGAGCACCGGUAUGGUAAGGAGGAGAUGCUGGCGCUGUUCAGUGAGGAUGUCAUGGUGCCCCCAGAGUUACAGUUGUUUGAUUCAAUCUGUAGAACUCGACCUGCUCUUCCUUUAGCUUUUCAACAAUUUACAGAGGAGGAACAGAGAAACUCUGCUGGGUCUGUUAACAGUAAUGCUGUCUUGAAGUUAAUGGGUCGUGGUGCAAUGCGAGGAGUUGGCCCGCCUAGAGGACCGGGUAGGGGUGGAAUUAGAGGGCGCGGCAGGGGGGAUGGGGGAUAUACAAGACAAACAUCAUAUGAAGACACCAGGGGAGAGGGUGGGGCAGGCUUUGGACGAGGCAGCGACACCCGCAGGCAGGGAUGGAGUGAGAACAGUCGUGGAAGCUUUGAGAGAUCACCAAGCCUUAGAGAAUCAGGUCCAUCUGGUCCUGGCAGAGGAGGGUAUGAUCCAUCUUUAGCUCGACCUCGCCUCUCAAGUGACACAUCUUGGGAACGAGCAGAGAGAAGAUCAGAUAGCGGCAAUUGGAGGUCUGGUGAUGACGAUGAUGGCUGGAGAAUAUCUGGACAGCGGUCCUCUGACAGAUCUGACAAAUGGAGAGGAGGUGGUCCAUCAAGAGGCCGUGCAUCCUGGAGAGGGGGAACAGAGUCCUAUCGAGAACGAGGUCAUCCUGAUGACGAGUGGCAAACAGCACGUGGCAGUCGUCGGUCUUAUCAUGAUAAUGAAGAUGUUCGGUGGGGCUCAUCUUAUGACAGGCUCCCUGAAUGGAGUAAUGAUGAUAAUGAAGAUUUUACAACUCCUGGCACAUUUGAUUCUUCAGGAGCAUUUGUGUCUAAGCAAAAGGAAGAGGACAGCCAAAGUAAAGAUGAGAGAAAAUAUGUUGAAAAUAGAGAUAAAAAUAUGGGAAAUCAGUCUGAAAGUGAUGAUGAAGAACCACCAGAUGUUUGGGAUGAUGAGGACAAGGAUGCAGUCCAAACAAAACACUCUGACUCAGGAACAAGACCUGUCAGUGAAGGAAAACCACCAGAAACAUUAGAACAACAAAAACCACCAGCCGCUAAACCACCUUCUACACAUCAAACAACAGAUACAUGCAAACCUUCUCCCUCAACUACAACUUCACCACCUCCAUCUCCAUCACACUCCUCCACUUCACAGCAAAGAACACCUAAUUCUACUCCGUCCAAUGCACCUAACAAACCAUUCGCCCAUGUACCUCCACAAGCUCACAUCACCACAUCCUCAACAACGCUGGAACAAGCUGCUGGCAGUCUGAAAGAAGACGAGCCUAACAUGGACCAUUUUGCACAAGCUGCGGAAAACCUUGUGGCUUCAUUAGAUGAUGAUGAAGAGGAGGAUUUAAAAGAAGGGGAACAGCCUACUACACAGCAGAAGCAGGAAUAUCGCAGUUCACCAACAACUACAGAAGAGGUGCAAUGGAGUUACACUGAUCCACAGGGCAAAGUGCAAGGUCCAUUUUCCAACUCUGAGAUGGCAGAUUGGUUUAGUCAUGGUUACUUCACAAUGGGAUUGUUGGUCAAACGAACUAUUGAUGAGAUUUUCCAACCACUUGCAACAACAACUGCAACAUAGCCAACAGCAAAUGCAACAGAUGCAGCAGAUGCCACCACCACCUCAGCAUUCCCCAACACAAAACAGCUCAUCUCCUAUGACGCAGCAUAGCCAACCUCAGGCAAAACAGGCAGGAGUCCAUCACUUGGAACAGCAACCCCAACAAGGAAGACCCCAAACUCUGUCACCGCACGCUGAAUCAAUCUGGGGCACUGGAACGCCACCCCAAGCUUCUCCUUCCAUCAUUGCACCUGGUCCUUGGUCUCCUGUAACAACGACAUCGGCUGGAAAAGGCUGGGAUACAGAAAAUAGCCAACAGAAUGUUCCAUCCUUUGAGGAAAUACAGAGAAUGGAAGAAGAGAAAGAAAAGCAGGCAAGGCUUGAAAUGGAAAGAAGAGAAGCUAAUGCCAGGGCUAUGAGACUGAAGCAAGAGGAAGAAGAACGGAGACGCGCGCAGGAGGCAGCCAUGCUCAAGAAACAACAACAAGAGGACGAGGAAAGACGGCAAUUGCAGGAGACGGAAAGAAGAAGAAAAGAACAAGAAGAACUCAGAAAGAAACAGGAAGAAGCGCGAAGAAAACAAGAAGAAGAGCUAAGAAGGAAACAAGAACAACAGGAAGUGUUACGCCAACAAGAACAGCAGCAACGGCAACAGCUUGAGCAACAGAAAGCGGAGCAGAAGCGACUACACGAGGUACGGCAACAGCAGCAGCAAGCUCUUCUUCGACUCCAGCAGCAACAGCAAGAACUCCAGAGAAAGAAAGACUUGCAAAUAAAAGCCGAAUUGCAACAGCGGGAGUUGCAGCAGAAACUGCAGCAGAAGAGACAGGAAAAUCAGACGUCAGGAGGGUCUCUGUGGGGUUCUCCUACCCCUAUGUCAGGUACUAUGUCCCUAACCCAGAUUCAACAGCAGGAGGAAAGAGACAAGGUGCAGCGGGAAUUCAAACUGCAGCAGCUUCAGGCCCAGCAGAAGAGGGAACUACAGACACGGGGUGUACCAGGGUGGGGUGAAAGACCACCUGUGGUGAAUCAGCCUGUCAAGUCUUUGCUACAGAUACAACAGGAGCAGGCCCAGCAACAGAACAAAAGGCAGCAGGGGCCUGCUUUGUCAAGAUCACAGCCGAGUCACAAUCCUCUCAGUUCGUCAGUGUGGGGGAAUGCUGGACACCUUUCAGCAUCUUGGGGACCAGCUCCCAAUUCAGCUAACAUCUGGGGCUCAACACCAUCCAAGCCUCCUCCUCCUCCUCAACAGCAGUAUGAUGACGAAGACGACGACGAAGACGAUGAUGACGACGACAGCGAUGAGGAAGGUGGAGCAUUCUGGGAUGAUGCCGUCAAAGCUGCGAGUAAGAGUCGUGAACAACAACAGCAACAGUUUGUACAACAACAGCGACAGCAACAAAAAGCCAGUCAACCUCAAACCAAUAUGGCGUCUGAUAAGCGAGCUAAUAGAGACGAGGAAAACUUGAGACGGCUUUUCCACAGUCAACCCAGUGUGGACGAGUUUUCUGUUUGGUGUGACCAAGCGCUCCGCAGCCUAAAUAUCGCUUCAGGAAUUGACAUUCCAACAUUCUCGGCAUUUCUCAGUGAUGUGGAAUCACCGUAUGAGGUUUACGACUACGUCAAGUCUUACUUAGGAGACAAUCGCGAAACGAGAGAUUUUGCUCGCGAGUUCAUCGAAAGAAGGAAGAAACAAAAGGACAAAAUUCCUGCUUCUCUUCCACCGUUUUCUCAAGCAAGUGUGUGGGGUGCACCUGUUCCUCGGGGACCAUCUGCAGCCAGGCCCACGAAUAUGACCCAAUCAGGCGCCUUCCUAUCGGGUCCACCUCAAGAGGAUCCUCAGGAAGCAAUGAAUAAGAAGAAAAGAAAGAAAAAGAUGCAGAAAGUGGACCCGAGCAUUUUGGGAUUCAGCGUGAAUGCGGCGGAUCGAGUGAACAUGGGAGAAAUACAGACUGUCGAAGACUAGCAAUGAGACCUUUAAACAAAUGCAAAGGUGGCGACAAAGCUUCGCCUUGGCCUUUUUCGAAACAGAAAAAAAAAGAAACAAAUUGUUUUAUAUGUUAGACCAAAUAUCGAGUAGCGAAUUUUUAAUCGGCGACCGCGUGGAGCGGUGGAGAAAUGUGGACUGUACAAACUGUAAAUGGCGAACAAAAGCUCAAGCCCUAAUAUAGCUGAAAAUAUUUUCUUUGA